UCAACACGUGCAGCGCGUAAACAAAAAUAAUUGAUUCGCACAUGAAAUACAACAUAUUUAAACAGUUAGAAUGUCACGUAUUAUAGUUAAACAGCUACCCAAGCAUAUAAAUGAGGAGAAGCUGCGCAACAUAUUCGGCGCUAAGGGCACUAUAACAGAUUUACAACUGAAAUACACGCCGGAUGGCAAAUUCCGACAAUUCUGUUUUGUGGGCUACAGCAACGAGGAGGAGGCGCAGGCAGCCAUCAAACACUUUCAUAAUUCAUGUAUACAAGCCAAUCGCGUGCACGUGGAAUUGUGCGCAUCGCUGGGCAGUGAGGAUAAGCCGCAGUCGUGGAGCAAAUAUGCCAAGGACAGCAAACGCAAUUUAGAUAAGCAACAGGUGAAGCAGCCGGUGCUGGAGAAAAAGCAGCAGAAAGUUAAUAAAGUGGAUGAGAUAAUAGGCAAACACAAGGAUGAUCCAGAGUUUCAGGAAUUUAUGCAGGCGCAUGACAAACAACGCGCACUGUGGGCUAACGAUGCAGCGCUGGGUGCGACAGAGCAAGAUAAUGACGAGGAUGACAACGAAGAGGAGCAGCAAGUGGAACAGGAAGCAGCUGAGGAGGAGGUAGAAGAGGAGCCAACCGAGAAGCUGGCUGCGCAGCCCAUUAGCGACUUGGAGUAUAUGCAAACACUCAAGGCAGGAGCUAAAACAACCAAAGCUGAUAAAAGCAACCUCGAGCUUUUUACUAUUAAAAUACACAAUGUGCCUUACAAUACCAAGCGACAGGAUGUACUGAAGUUCUUCAAGCCACUGAAGCCCUACUCUGUGCGCUUGCCUGGCAAAGUGCAUGGCUUUGCCUAUGUGGGCUUCAAAACGGAAAAGGACUUUGACAAAGGCAUGCUUAAGAACAAAAGUUUCAUCAAAGGCAAGCAAGUGUUCUUCUCCGACUUUACGGAAAAGAACAAGAUAACCAAGGCACAGCGUGAGGGAGACAAGAGCACAACAACAGCAACAAGCAAUGUGGCGGGCAAUGCCAAGUGGCAGCAACAGCAGCAGAGUUUGCAAAGCGAGGAGCACAUCAGCGACUCUGGACGCAUAUUCUUUCGCAAUCUGGCCUACACCACCACAGAGCAGCAGUUGCAGGAGCUGUUUGAGAAGUACGGACCCGUUACAGAAAUAAGUUUGCCUGUGGACAAAGUUACGCGUCAAAUCAAAGGCUUUGGCACUGUGACGUUUAUGAUGCCGGAGCAUGCAGUGCUGGCAUUCAAUGCGUUGGAUGGCAGCGACUUUCAGGGACGUCUGCUGCAUUUGCUGCCUGGCAAGGAGCUGGACAAGUCGGCAGAGGAGCAGCAGCAGGCUGCAGAUUUCGACAAUUUGUCGUUCAAACAAAAGAAGGCGGCCAAGCUGAAGCAGCAGGCACAAAAGUCCAUAGGCUGGAACACGCUCUUCAUGGGUGCCAAUGCUGUUGCCGAGCUGCUGGCCAAGCAGUUCAAGACAACAAAGGAGCAGAUACUCGACACCAGCGGCGGUGGCAGCAGCGCUGCUGUGCGCUUAGCCUUGGGUGAAACACAAAUGGUCAUUGAGAUGAAACAGUUUCUGGAGGAAGAAGGCGUGCGGCUGAGCGCCUUCGAUGAGCCCACACAACAGCGUUCCAAGACGAUAAUACUCGCCAAGAAUUUGCCUGCAGGCACCGAGCGCAGCGAGCUGACGCCUAUCUUUAGUAAAUUUGGACCCAUAGGUCGCUUGGUGUUGCCACCCAGCGGCGUGACGGCGCUCAUCGAGUACUGUGAGCCCUCGGAGGCGCGUCAGGCAUUCAAAAAAUUGGCCUUUAGCAAAUUUAAGACAACGCCGCUUUUCCUGGAGUGGGCGCCAGCGCAUGCAUUCACCAAAACGCUCAACGGUGUGGACAUUAUACCCAAAUCAGAGCCCAAAGUGGAAGAGGAAGUUAAACCCGCGCCUGCGUCAGAGCCUGAGCCCAAACCAACGGUUGCCGAGGAUGAGGAUGAUGAGCCGGAACCGGAGACGACGCUGUUUCUACGCAAUCUCAACUUCAAAACUGUUGCCGACACGGUGCGUGCGCAUUUUCAACAUUUGGGCAGCGUGCACACAGUGGAAAUUGCGAAACGCAAAGACGCGCAGAAUCCCAAGCAGCUCAAUUCCUUGGGCUAUGGUUUUAUACAAUUCAAGAAGGCGGCCAUAGCAGCGCAAGCUUUGAAGGAGAUGCAAAUGACCACGAUUGAGGGUAAUCUGGUGGAGCUGAAGCGCAGCGAUCGUGUGCUCAAAACUCAAGAUGAUGGCGCACGGCGACGACAGAUUGAGCAGAAGAAACAGACUGGCACCAAGAUUCUGGUGCGCAAUAUUCCCUUCCAGGCGCGCUAUAGUGAAGUGCGCGAUAUAUUCAAAGCAUUUGGUGAGCUGCGCUCGUUGCGCAUACCCAAGAAGAUGACACCUGGCGAGGAUGCGCAUCGUGGCUUUGGCUUUGUGGACUUUACCAGCAAAGCGGAGGCGAAACGUGCCUUUGAGGCUUUAAGCGCCAGCACGCAUUUGUACGGUCGCCGUCUGGUGCUGGAAUGGGCCACCAACGAGGAUACACAGGAUAUAGACGAAUUGCGUAAACGCACCGCUGAAAAGUUUGAUAAUGUGCAAGGAGCAAUCGAGGCUAAGCGCAGCAGACGCGCUUUCUUCGAUGUCGACAGCCAUGUACCGCAGCAGGCGGAAGAAGACGAAGAGGAAGAGCGUACUAUAUAAAGAAUCCUAUUCUUUUUAACUGUAAAUUAACUAGUAUUUUGUUAAUGCUG